AUGGACUUGCAUGCUGAGAGUUUCCCCUCACAAGGACAGGAGUGCCUCGAUUUCGUGCGAAGCUCUUUGGGCCUGUCCACAAGCCUCCCUCGAGGAAAGAUAUCGGAGCACUCUGUGGGUGCGGUUUAUGUCGCUAUAAGGUUCAAGAACGUACAAGAACUCCUGGACCGUUACGACUGGAGUACCAAGCCUAUCAAAUAUCAAAUGGGCGUCGCACUUCUCGACACUCUCGAUAUCAGUCCUCACCACCCCAUGCCCAUUGAAACCCACAACUUUGGUGGUGGCCACCAUGGCUACAAGGAAGCGAUCAACGACGUCUCCCUCUUCGGUCCCCUCGAGCCGAUAUCGCCUGGACAGCUUCUAGGUGAACUCGAGUAUCUCCUCGCUCCCUACCGCGCCACGAAUCGACACGUGGUCCUGGUCGGCCACGGCACCACCCAGAGCCUCGAGAUCCUGCGCGCCCUCAGAUUCGAUGUGGACGCUACAUUCAGCGACUCUCUCGACCUCCUCGAUGCCACGGAUCGCAGCUUCAAGGCUUUGCUUCGGACGCUGCGCAUCCCAUCCUACGGCCUGAAGUCAGCAGGCAACGCCGCCAACUUCUCCAUCAGAGCCCUGCUGACAUUGGCCGCUGCGGUCGUAUCCCAUGCGCCAUUCGUUCCGGAAAUACCCGUAUCCCAGCCCUCGAGGCCAUCAGAAAUAUCAUUCCGAGUCUCCAGAGCGGCGAGCGCCAGAAAGCACACAAAGGGGAGCCCGAGGUUAAGACUCAAGGUCUUCCCCGGCGCGAUCAACGAUUGGAGAGGUGAGAACCAACCUGAUCUGCCCCCACCGACUCUCCUAUACAGUAGUCACGCCACGUCGCCGUACCCCAUGGGAGGUGCCAGGGCGGCACCGCCCGACGUAAAUAAAUACAACAACAACAACAACAAUCCCCCCUUCUAUUAA